CAACAUGACUUCACUGUCGGGGACCAAGGAGAGGUCUGUGAGCAGCCGGAGCAGAAAAUAUGGGAUGCCUGACACUUCCCCGACCAAAUCUGCCUCCUUUUUCCCCGACACAUGGUACAGAAAGCCCUAUGAGGAAACCACCCGGUCCAGCACGCGCCCCGCCCCAGAGGGUGCUGGCUCCAUGCCAAGCUCCACAGGAACCCCAUCCCCAGGCUCAGGAAUCUCUUCACCGGGGUCCUUCUCUGGAUCACCGGGGACCAUAUCUCCAUGCAUUGGGACAGGAUCGCCUGGUUCUCUAGGUGGCUCCCCAGGUUUUGGUACCGGAUCACCAGCCUCAGGGAGUGGAAGUUCCCCUGGCAGUGAAAGAGGGAUAUGGUGUGAGAACUGCAAUGCCAGGCUGACAGAGCUGAAAAGACAAGCGCUGAAAUUGCUCAUCCCUGGACCUUUCUCCAGCAAGGAUCCCUCCUUCUCUCUCCUCCUCCAUGAUAAGCUUCAGGUGCCUAACAGCUCUCGGCGGGCAUGGAAUGAGCGUGACAGUCGCUGUGAUGUCUGCGCCACUCACCUCACUCAGCUCAAACAGGAAGCUGUGCGCAUGGUCCUCACUCUCGACCAGUGGGAUUUGUCUCCCACUGCUUCCCCCCCUGCUCUGAUUGGACGAUAUGGAUCUCAAGGACCUCCGGGUCCAUUAGGAGCAUCUGGAGUACCAGGAGGUCCUGGAUCACGGGACUGGCCUCCUCCUUUUCUCCCUUCCUCCUCUUCCUCAGCUGCCGCUGCUACUUUACAUCCUACUCACCAAUCCCCAAGCCACGGACCAUCCAACCACAGCCAUGGUAGUCCCUCAGUGGGACAAACGUCCAGCUGUGCGCCCACAAACCCACAAGCUCAAGGUUCAGGGCACAGACUGGGGUCUAAGCCCAGUUCCCUGGGGCUUGGAGGUGGGGUGGACAGAAGGAACGGGUCCCCCAGUUCAGGAAAAGCAGCUGGUGCCCAACAGCAACCAGUGACUGGAGUGAACAGCCCAGGCAAUAAUACUGGUAUCAGCAGUACUAAUGGGAGUGGAUCAAUUCUGAGUACAGCAGCUCUGCAGGCACAUCAGCACAUUAACCGAACAAAUGGAGGAGUUACACUAUAUCCAUACCAGAUCUCCCAGAUGAUCUCUGAGGCCUCCAGAGAGGGACUGACUGAAGCUGCCCUGAACCGCUACAACACACACUCUCCUUCACACACAAAUUCACCAUCACAUACAAACUCUCCCUCUCACUCUCCAGCUGUAACCACCACGGCACCGACCACCACCACCUCUGCCGCUGCCUCUUUCUUUGCCAGAGCUGCGCAAAAGUUGAAUCUAGCGUCUAAGAAGAAGAAGCAGAAGACUGCCGCAGUCUCAGCCCCGGUGACGACAUCAUCACCGUCAUGUGACCCCCCUCUGUUUCCCACCAAUUUCAGCUCUGCCCUGCUGAUGGCCCCUCCCCCGGCCCCACCCUGCCUUCUCCGUGCAGCCAAUAAGAUAAAAGAUACCCCUGGGCUUGGAAAGGUGAAAGUGAUGGUGCGUGUGUGCCCAGUGUCUCAGUCAGAUGCAGCUGAGUCCAGUCCCUUCCUUAAAGUGGAUCCCAGGAAGAAACAAAUCACCAUCAUGGACCCUUCAGCCAAUCUGACACCGAGCGCUGCUUCCCAGAAAAGGGCGGGAGCCAAUCAGGCCCCCCCAAAGAUGUUCACAUUCGAUGCUGCGUUCCCUCCUGAUGCAUCACAGGCGGAGGUGUGUGCGGGUACGGUUGCCGAGGUUAUUCAGUCGGUGGUGAAUGGAGCAGAUGGCUGUGUCUUCUGCUUUGGACACUCCAAGCUGGGUAAAUCCUACACAAUGAUUGGCCAUGAUGACUCUCUUCAGACUCUGGGUAUAAUCCCAUGUGCCAUCUCCUGGUUGUUUAAACUCAUCAAUGAGAGAAAGGAGAAAACAGGAGCACGCUUCUCUGUUCGUGUCUCUGCAGUCGAGGUUUGGGGGAAAGAGGAGAACCUUAAGGACUUGCUGUCUGAAGUGGCUACAGGCAGCUUACAGGAUGGACACUCACCUGGAGUGUAUCUAUGUGAGGACCCCAUCUGUGGCAUGCAGCUCCAGAACCAGUCUGAACUGCGUGCUCCGACCCCAGAGAAGGCAGCCUGGUUUCUGGAUGCAGCCAUAGCAGCUCGCCACAGCAGCCAACGCCCCAACACCACUGAAGAAGAACAUAGGAACUCACACAUGCUGUUUACGUUACACAUAUACCAGUAUCGCAUGGAAAAGACAGGAAAAGGAGGAAUGUCAGGAGGCCGCAGUCGCCUCCACCUGCUAGACCUGGGCAGCUGUGAUGUCAAAGUACUUGGUGGAGGAGGAGGUGGGAAGAGCAGGGAGAACUCCUCACCUAGCUCGGCCCCACUGUGCCUCUCAUUAUCCGCCCUCGGCAACGUCAUCCUGGCCCUGGUCAACGGGAGCAAACACAUCCCGUACAAGGACAGCAAGCUGACCAUGUUGCUAAGAGAGUCGCUAGGCAACAUGAACUGCCGGACCACUAUGAUUGCUCACAUCUCUGCCUCACCCAGAGAUUUCUCAGAAACCCUUUCUACCAUCCAGAUUGCUUCCCGCGUCCUCCGCAUGAAAAAGAAGAAAACUAAAGUCACUGUGCAAUACACCUCCAGCUCCUCUGGAGGAGAGAGCUCCUGCGAAGAGGGUCGCAUGCGUCGUCCGACCCAUCUGCGUCCUUUCCAUCACCGUGGUGAUGCUGACUCUGACCUUCCAUUGCUGCGACUCUCCAGCGACCCUGACGAAUAUUCGAGCAGCGAGCAGUCAUGUGACACAGUUAUCUAUGUGGGCCCGAAUGGGGCUGCGGUGUCAGAUAGAGAACUCACGGACAACGAGGGACCACCAGAAUUCGUACCAAUUAUUCCCGCUUUGCUUCGAGGAAAAACCUCAGAGCAGCAUCAAACACAAAGUCAAAGUCAGACAGCUGUAGCCCAGAACAAGUCUCAGCCAGAGGACCAACCCAGUGGCCCCUCUCAGCCCCUGCCCCAGCCCUCUCAGACACUACUCGGGCAGCCGUUGGCCCCGGUCCCAGAGGAAGGAGCUGAGUGCCUGAAGUGCAAUACCUUUGCUGAGCUGCAGGAGAGAUUGGACUGCAUUGAUGGGAGCGAGGAGGUGGCAAAGUUCCCCUUUGAAGAGGUUCCAGUGAGCAAACAUGGUGCCAAACAAGAGCCAUGUCCAUCUUCGGCUGUCCCAACCUCGGCUCCUGCUGCUCCUGGCUCUGCUGCUGUGUUGGUUACAGAGGCCAAAACAACAGCAUCCAGGAGGAGGACCAAUGACCAGCAGCUGCAGGAGAUCAAGGAGGUGGUGGAGGAAGCAGAGCUGGCCCAGACGAUGAUCCACAGCCUGGCUCAGAGUUCUGGUUCCUCCAUAGUUACUAGUACCAGGAGUGUAACAGGAAGCACUAGCAGCAUCACCUCUAACCCCCAGCACAGGGUCAAGGGCUCCCACCUACAUGACAGCCGUGAGAGUCUGAAUGUGGGCAGUAACACUGAAGGGAAGGCACGCCCACUAGGAUCACCACGCCUCGGCAUUGCCAGCCUGACCAAAACCUCAGACUACAGGCCUCCGUCCUCCCCAUCCCAACGAUGUAAAGUAUACACCCAGAAGGGCGUGAUGCCGGCAACACCCCCUCUGUCCUCGCACACUCUGGCUCAAGAUGGCCAGGCCACAGACACUUUGACCUCCGACAACAGUUUGGCUGCAGACAGUGGCCGUUCCUCCACAGAGUCCCUGCUUUCCAGGUCUUCUCCCGUGGGCAUGAGCCCUCAAGUCCGAGAGCCAACUCCGUCCCUGUCUGUCAGCCUGGGCUCAGCUGAGACGCUCUGUGACGAUGACGUGCCGCCAAUACCCAUGGACACGCACAAGGAUGGACCAGCAGCAUCUGUAGGAACAGUUGGACCUCUCUCACUUGAAGAAGAUGAACUGGUGUACGCUGUGGCUUCUGGAGCUGUGGAGGACCGUGAUAUUGCAGCUCUGAUGGAGACUCAGGGCCUGACCCAUCGUCCGACAAGUAUCAUCAGCUUCAGUAGUGAAUGUGGCUUUGUCACCGCCCUGGCUUCAGGCUCACAACCCAUCAGCAUCAUCAGCGGCACGGCUGAGGAUGGGGCUGUGGAGGAUUAUCACAUGCCUCCAGGUCUGGCAGGAACCUCAGGGGUUACAGAGGUUGUUGCCAUGGCAGAGGUGGCAAUGGCCAAGCUGCGAAUAGAAGGUGAAGCCUUAGCCACAGUGAUGUCUAACUGUGGAUCACCCAUCUCCUCCUGGAUGAGUGAUCUGAGCAUGGGCAGUGAAGCUGAUCAGUCUCUCCACAGCUUCAACCAGUCCCAGAGCCAGCAAGGGGAGGCCCUAGCUGAUCCCGAACCCAGCCAGAGCUUUGGAGAUGAGGGGCUGGGUGGUUAUGAAAGCUGUGGCAGCAUGAGAAGAGGGAGUCUGGAAGGAGAGCUGGUGCUACAAGAGAAUGGGAGUGAUAAAGGAACUCCAACCAAAGACAGGCUGAGGAAACUGCCUCCUUCAAUGGCUAAAACUAACAUUCAAAUUCUGGCAGGACCUGGUAACCUCUCCCCUUUCAAGACCACAAUAAGCCUUCACCCAUGUGUGGCUGUCAAACCCAUGGCGAUCCAGGAACCGACCAUCCUCUCCUCACCUACCAAGACUAGCUUAAUGAAAGAUACAGGCAAAUUGAAUGCCCCAAUUUUAGCCUCUAUUUCUAGUGAGAUGAGCUUCGAAGACCCCUGGUUGAAGCGUGGCAUGGAGGAGGGGAGGUCCAAGGAGCUUGUGUGUGAAUUGAAGUCAGAGAAAGGGGAGGUAGACCAUUCAAAGAGUCAGGCUGGAGCUGGGACCAGAGACCACCGGAGCUUCUGCAGGGAUGGUGUAGAUCAUGGCAGCUCUAGCUCAAGUGGGGAGGUUGUGUCAUCUCCAGAGUCCUUUAAGAGAGUGGUGGAUGGUUGUGAGAUGGUCACUGCUGUUGCCCAGGGAGAGUGCCUGACGAGUACGUACAGCCCAGAUAUCCACCGUACUGCCAGUCUCCCUCGCGGUUGGCACCGUCUCAACCGACAUGAUGGCUUAGAUAAUGGAAUUGAGUACCGUAAUCUUGGCGUCACCACUUCCACUCCCUGCAGUCCCCGCACUACACUUGACCGCAGAGGAUCAACUGGAAAACAGGGCUUUUUCUCCCAUAAGAAGGGGGGAAUCCCACCUCUGCCACCGGUGCGCAAGUCUAGCCUUGACCAGCACAACAGGGCAGCCAGCCCUCUCCACCAACCUAGUCAUGGAGUCUUACUGAUGGGCAGCUCAGCAGAUGAUGGAGGGAUAUUUGGAUGUGGCCCCGCAGGCGUCACCAGACAACGAGGCUCCAGCAUAGACAGCAGUAAACUUUUCAGCGCCAAGUUGGAACAGCUCGUAAACAGGACCAACUCUCUGGGUCGGGUUCACAGCUCCAACAGUGGUUCCCACCACUACGACUGCCUCUCCCUAGAAAGGGGCGAGAGUCUGAGAGGGGGAGGAGGAGGAAUGAGGGGGGACAGCACCAUGCCUCGUACUGGGCGCAGUCUCACCCGCGCUGGAUCAGUAUCUUCUCCUGUGGCAAAUACAGCCAGCUUCAGUUUAAGUGGCAGUCCCGGUCCAAGCAGCACUCCACAGUCACCAGCCAAAACCAGCGGCCAGUCAAAAAUCUCAGCUGUCAGUAAACUGCUAAUGACUAGUAGUCCCAAAGCCAGGAGUCUGUCUGCCUCCAGCACCAAGACUCUGAGCUUCUCUACCAAGUCUUUAAGCCAAACUGCCAGCCGCAGCUCCAGCCUUCCUCCUAAUGGAAAAAACUCAGUCCACGGCCCUCUGCAGCAGCAGGGUCCUUCCCCUGGAUCCUGGUCUACCCAAUCUCUGAGCCGCAGUCGAGGGGGAAGCCUGGCAGCCAAGCUGCCUCUCCGGGCUGUCAACGGUCGAAUCUCAGAGCUCCUCCAGGGAAAUGCAAGCUCCCGUUCCAGGAGUCAUGCCCAGGGAGGAGGCACAGAUCCUGGGGAGGAAAGAGGAGUUGGAGGGGCAAGUGGAGGGGCAGGUGGUGGUGGAGGUGGCCUGGGAGAGGAGAGAGCAGCAGUGGUCCAAACGCUGCCCUCUCCCUACAGCAAGAUCACAGCUCCCAGAAAACCACACAGAUGCAGCAGCGGCCAUGCCAGCGACAACAGCAGUGUACUGAGUGGUGAGCUCCCUCCGGCCAUGGGAAAGACAGCCUUGUUUUACCACAGUGGCAGCAGUGGCUAUGAGAGCAUGCUGAGAGACAGCAGUGAGAACACAGGAAGUACCUCUUCUGCUCAGGACUCCCUCAGUGAACACAGCACAGCCACAACCUCCUCCAGACGGAGCUCCAAGAGCAGCAAGAAGAGCAGGAGCAACACAGGCCUCCAGCGUCGUCGUCUGAUCCCAGCACUGACCCCUGACUCUUCUUCCUCCUCACCCUCUCAUCGCUCCUCCAAACAGGCCGUCACUUCCUCUUCUUCCUCCUCCUCCAGCCCAGGUGCCUGCUGGGUAGAUGGACCACUGGGGCCCCCAGUACCCUCAAACCUCCGCGGUGCAACUGCAACGACAGAAACCUUUGAGAUCAAGGUGUAUGAGAUAGAUGAUGUCGAGCGACUGCAGAAGAGGAAAGACAAAGGAGGGAGCAAGGAGGUGGUGUACGUCAGUGCCAAGCUUCGCCUGUUGGAGCACCGCCAGCAGCGAAUCAGUGAGGUCAGAGCCAAGUACCAGUGUCUGAAGAAAGAACUGGAGCAAACCAAACAGUACCUGAUGCUGGAGCCACACAAAUGGACCAAUGAGUUUGAGCUACAGCAAGUCUACGAAGUGGACUCACUGGAGUAUUUGGAAGCUCUGGAGACCGUGACGGACAAACUGGAGACCAGAGUCAACUUCUGCAAAGCCCAUCUCAUGAUGAUCACCUGCUUCGAUGUAACCUCAAGACAUCGGUAGACAGAGGGAGAGAAGGAAAGCAGGAGGACAGAGACGUAGACACGCAGCUGGACUCUAUUAGAUGUUGAUUAAUCAAACACAUGUAGAAAAUAUCUUCUAAAUAAAUACAUCUCAUUGGAUGACUGGAUAGAUAGAAGGAGAGAUACAGGGAUGGACUGUCCACUUGAUUCAUCAUCUUAGUCAUCCUUAUGUUUGCAGAUGUAAGUUGGCAGAAGGACAGAUGGAUGGAGAGAUGGAGGGAUAAGAGGAAUGGAGAUAUCUAACAGGCCAACAGACAGACGAGCUUGUAGAUUUUUUCGAAUUGGGGCUUGUAAACACUCUCAGAAGAAGCCAGUGAACAGCAUCUACUGGACAGGUCACUUUGAAUCAGAUACAUACAGUAUGGCUGCCCAAAGUUGCAGACAAAUGGUUGUGAAUCUGAAAAGACACAUCAAACGUGAUCAAGUGACCACAUUUUUCCAGAGAACUGAAUAAUUGCUAAGAAUUGCUGAGAAACCUCUUAGACUCAGUCGAACAUUUAGGAAUGUAUGGAGUGGAAAGGAGGGGAGAGAGGAACGAAAACUGCCAUUUUUUUUAAACAGAGAAGGAUGAAAGAGAGCUGAAGGAGAAAAAGAAGAACAGUUUCUCGUCUCCCAUCAUUUUGGAAGAGCAAUUUUGGAGUACAAGCAGUUGAGAGCCAUCGACUGUAAACACAGAGUGCUGACUACAGAAUGGCCUGGUAUUGUUGUGCAAAUGAUAAAAGAGACUGACCAAGAGAAAGACAGCAGGACAAAUAAAAUGAUUAAGAUAAGUGCCUUGUGAACAU